AUGUCGAAGAAGAACGUAGUCGUCCUCGGCGCCGGGUCUGCCGGCACCACCAUCGUGCGCGCGCUCACAAAGUCGCUCGACCUCUCGCGCUACGACCUCAUCCUCCUCAACGACCGCCCCUACUUCGUGCACCUGCCCGCGAUGGCCCGCCUCGCCACCUGGGACGACCCGCUCGGCGAGAAGGCGUUCUUCGACCUCGCCCAGGUCGUCCCCGCCGGCAAGGGCACCUUCACCGUCGGCAAAGUCGUCGGCGUCGCCGAGGGCGCCGCGGGCGCGGGCGGCGAGCUCGAGCUCGAGGGCGGCGCGCGGAUACCGUACGCGGCGCUCGUCGUCGCGACCGGCAGCCGGUGGCCCGACUUCAUCCAGGUCCCGGCGACGGCCGCGGAGCGCGAUGCGCACCUCGGCGGGUGGCACGCCAGCUUCAAGGGCGCGGAGCACGUCGUCGUCGUCGGCGGCGGCUCGGUCGGCAUCGAAGUUCCGGCUCGACAUCCAGCCCGCGCGGAGGCGGUCGGCAUCUCCUUCGUACUCGGCAACGCCCUCGACGCCGCGCCCGGAAAGGUCUCCGGCGUCACCACGCGCGACGGGAAGAGCCUGCCCGACGCGGAUCUAGUGGUCCACGCGUUCGGCGCGAAGCCCAACACGGAGAUCCUCAAGGGCGCGUUCGACGACGCGCUCACCGCACGGGCACCGUCAAGGUCAACGAGUUCCUUGAGGUCCGCGGCCACCCGGCGUAAGCAGGCGGCGAAGGCGAACACGCACGCCGCGGUCGCGGCCGCGAACGUCGUCGCGUUCCUCGCGGGCAAGCCGCUCCCGAAGUCGUACAAGGGCAGCCCGGAGAUGAUCAUGAUCCCGCUUGGAAAGAGUGGGGGUGCGGCUGGCUGA